AUGGCCUCUCCUCUCAUACUUCCCCUCCUUCUCCUCCUCCUCAUCCUGCCGCUUUCCGCCCCAUGGACGGCGGCCGACGACGACGGGGCGGUGGCGAGGUCGGCCUUCCCCAUGGACGGCGACGUAGCGUGGGUGGUGCAGGUCAGCGACCUCCACAUCAGCGCCUACCACCCGGACCGCGCUGCCGACCUAGCGAGCCUCCUCGGCACCGCCCUUCGCACCAUCCGCCCCCACCUCCUCCUGGUCUCCGGCGACAUCACCGAUGCAAAAAAUAGUAAAAGAACUACAUCCAGACAGGAUGCAGAUGAAUGGAUUACAUACAAGAAAACUAUUGAUGCAAUUGUUGCAAAAGGCGGUAUUGAUAAGAGGAGGAUAUUUGAUAUUAGAGGCAAUCAUGAUACAUAUGGAGUUCCCUAUAGAGGAAGCGAGUUGGACUUCUUUUCAACUUACAGUGUUAACUCACAGCUUGGCCAAUUAAGCACCAUUAAUAGCAUAAUCCUCCAGGGAGAUAGAAAUUAUCUAUUCCUGGGCAUAGAUGAUACAAUGAGUGUUGGCAUUCGGUUUCCUUCUAAUUUAUUUGGACACCCAACUGAUAAGAGGAUAGAAGCAGUUAACUCAGAAUUACAGUACUGGACCAAUCAUUCUAAUGUUCCGAUUACAAAAGUUGUAUUUGGACAUUUCCCUAUGUCGUUUACUACUUCGUCUGAAGUAGGACAGCGUUACGAAAGUGUGUUUGCAAGGCAUUCAAUUUCAGCAUACCUAUGUGGCCAUCUGCAUGCGAAAGUUAGUAAUCAGCUUUGGAGGCAUCAUCAAAUGAGAACAAAAGAGCGCUCUUCAAGCUUUUGGGAAUGGGAACUUGGAGACUGGAAAGAGUCCAGAUUGAUGAGGAUUUUAGCAAUAGACGGAGGCGCAGUCUCUUUCAUUGACCAUACGUUAAAACAGCCAUUCCAAACUUCUAUCUUGAUCACCUAUCCAACAGAUUCAAGAAAUAUGAAUAUAUUGGAAUCAAACAAGGGGCCACCUAGAAAUGAUAUAAACGCUCUUGUUUUCUCUGAAGAACUUAUUGUCAAUGUGAGUGCAAGAGUUUUUGAUUCUCAUAAUGAGUUCAAGAUAGUUGAGGAGAUGCCUCUGCAACUUGUUGCCAACUCUUCUGGUCACAAACCUUUCUUCCAUGCCAUGUGGAAUGCUAAAAAUUACAGAAGUCCGUCUCCUACUCGCUACUGGUUGCAAGUGUUUGUGCUAGAUUCUAAUGGUAAGAAGACUGUAAGUGAGCGAAGACCAUUUUCAGUUGAGGGCAAGAUAGCGAUUCUACACCGCCCAUGGCUCAACCGUUUGAUAUUUGAAAUUGAAUGGGAAGACGCUUAUAGAGUUCUUCUCUGGAGUAAUUUGGCCUUCACCAUUCUGUUGUUGCUCAUUCCCCAAAUCCUGUACCAUUUUUUAAAGAAAAAGUCAUCAUAUCAAAGGUGGGCCUUGUCAGUUCUAACAUCCCCUGUCCAGCAGCGAAAGGCUUGGUUUUGGUUGGUCUUGUUUUUAAUGGAGGGUGCAAACAGCAAACCGUUCUGGUUUUCUUUGUCCCUGUAUGUUCUUUGGAUCACCCAGAUGCCGUGGUUUUGGGGUCAUGCAACAUCUGAAAAUGGAGAAAUUGCUCAAAUGUACAUAUCUGGAUGGAGCGUACCUUCUUUUGGUAUGGCAAACUACAAGCUGAGCAGCCCAGAUGUGAUGGUGAUCACCCUGCCUUUCCUAUACCUGGUGGUUGUCCCUGUAGUAGUCCUUGCAUAUGGCUUGUUUGCAGAAAGGGCCGCGGCUUAUUUGCAGUACCAUAGAAGAGCAGAAGACAGAGCUAACACAGCAGAUACAACCGCUGAGGCAGCACGCUUUCUGCCAGGUUCUCCAGCUCCAGGAGCUUUAAUGAACCUAUCUUGCAAGAACAAGAUAAAGUUUGUGUUGAUCAAAUUUUUUGGUGGCUGGACAAGGAGGAUAAUUCUACUCGCGUGUUUGAUCACGGCCAUGAUACAUUUGAAGCUUUCUUCAAUGUUAAUGUCAGCCUAUGGGUCAACACCAGUUGCCUUGUCUCCUCCAUUAACAUGGAUGCCACUAUUACUAUUAAGUGUUGCUGCCUACUGUACAAUGCUCCCUGUAGGUUAG